AGCUAUCUUUUCUCCCCUUCCCGCCAAAACCAGUCCAUAGUUAACCUACACAAACCCUGCUUCCCAAUUCUCAAUUCUCACACAAAUUGAAACCUCUCUCUCUCCAAACACCACCAAUUGACAUGGAUGAUAUGGACAUGGACAUUCCACUCCCUGAAGAACUCGAAUUUCUCGAAUCAAAUUCUCACUUUGCCGAACAACAAGAAGAAGAAGACCGUCACUAUUACUUCCCAGACCUAGACCCCACCGCCGAAAUUCAUGAAUCAAAUUCUCAACAAUCGCCGCCACCGCCAGAUCUCGCUGCUCCUUCGGCGGAGCCCGAAUCCAGCGGCCACAAGCGAUCGUGUCCGCCUUCUCCUUCUCCUCCCGAAGAGGAGAAGAGAGCGAAAGUUAGGGUUGCAGUUGAGGAGGAUUCCUCCGCCGCGGCCGCCGACGAGGACUGGCUCCGGUACUCUCCUCCGCCGGUUCCGGAGGGGGAGCCGGCGGUGGAGGAAAUGGCGUUCGAGAAGGAGAAGACGCUGUCGAGGUACGCCUCGGAGAUCGACGGCGAGUGCAUGCCGAUCACCGCGCCCAGCGGCAACAGGGUGUACGCGAAGCUUAACCGGUUUCAAGGAGAGGAGCGCGUCACGAAGCUUGAUUACAAUGGAUAUUCUACUGAACUUAGUUCAGAACCAGUUAAUGUUAUACUUGAGAGGUUGGAGCAAGAGGCUUUUGCUAAGGCCUUGGAAGCUAGUUCUGAAGGCCAAAGUGUUCUAGACGUUCCUGAAGCGCAAAUGGUUCAUGAGCGACUUUGGGUUGAUAAAUAUGCUCCAAAAUCAUUUACUGAGCUUCUAAGUGAUGAACAGACAAAUCGCGAGGUACUCUUGUGGUUGAAACAAUGGGAUUCUAUUGUGUUUGGAUCUGAAAUUCGAAGCACAUCAGAUGACGUUUUGUCUGCUUUGAAACGACAUUCUUCCAUUGUCCACAAUCAGAAACCAUUGAAUUCAAAGUUUCCAAGGAUGAGCAGAGGACCCAGAUGGAGUAAUGGGAGGAGGUAUAAAAAUUCUAGAAGUAUGGAUGAAAGUGGUAGUUCAAAGAGUAUUCAAGAUAUAUGGAAUGCAAAGUCAAGGAAUAUUGGUCCUCCAGAACCAAAGAUCCUUCUGCUCUGUGGACCACCAGGUCUUGGAAAAACAACACUUGCACAUGUAGCUGCUAGGCAAUGUGGAUAUCAUGUGGUGGAGGUCAAUGCUAGUGAUGAUCGUUCGACAGCAACAAUUGAAGCCAAAAUCCUUGAUGUGGUCCAGAUGAACUCUGUCUUGUCUGAUUCAAGGCCAAAGUGUCUGGUGGUGGAUGAAAUUGAUGGAGCUCUUGGUGAUGGCAAGGGUGCUGUGGAGGUUCUUUUAAAGAUGAUUUCUUCUGAAAGGAAGCCUGAUGCAGGGAAACAAAGUUUGGGCAAAGGACAACAGGAAAGGAAGUCAUCAAAAAAGGGUUCAAAAACAGCUUCACUUUCAAGACCUGUGAUCUGCAUUUGUAAUGACCUAUAUGCACCUGCCUUAAGACCAUUACGUCAGGUAGCCAAGGUUCAUAUAUUUGUUCAACCAACGGUUAGUCGUGUGGUAAACAGGCUGACAUAUAUAUGUAACAAGGAGGGAAUGAAAGCCAGUGCAAUUGCACUCACUGCUCUAGCAGAAUAUACAGAAUGUGAUAUUAGAUCAUGCUUGAACUCUCUCCAAUUUCUCUUCAAGAAGAAACAGGCACUCAAUGUGUUUGAUAUUGGUUCUCAAGUUGUUGGCCAGAAGGACAUGUCAAAGAAUGUUCUAGACAUCUGGAAAGAAAUAUUCCAUAAGAGACGAACAAAAAAGAUUGAAAGAAAAUCUCAUAGAGGCAAGUCCUUUGAAUUUGACUCCUUGUACUCCCUUGUGUCAAACCGUGGUGAUAGUAACUUGAUUCUGGAUGGGAUUCAUGAAAAUGUUUUGCGGCUCAAUUAUCAUGACCCAGUGAUGCAGAAAACUGUUGAGUGCUUCAACAAUCUGGGAGUUUAUGAUCUAAUGCAUCAAUAUAUAAUGCAUACACAACAGUUGCCCCUUUAUGUAUAUUUGCCCCUAGUAGCAAUUACUGUACAUCAUAUUGUAUCUCAAGUUCAGAAACCAACCAUUGAGUGGCCAAAGUCACAUCAGAGAUAUCGUACAAUGAUGAUGGAAAAGAUGGACAUUUUGAAUACCUGGCACCACAAAAUCCCACCGUAUAUUGCAAGGAACUUAUCAGCUAGUUCCUUUGUUGAAGACUUAAUUUCUCCAUUAUUACAUAUUCUGUCCCCACCAACUAUAAGACCGGUAGCAUUUCAAUUACUAUCAGAUAAGGAGAAGAAUGAUCUUGCUCAAUUAGUUAGCACAAUGGUAUCAUACACUAUAACGUAUAAAACUGUGAAAUCAGAUAUGCUGCCUCAAACCCAGAGGUGUGAAGUAGCUGAUGGCUUGGCACUGUCUCUUGUUCCUCCUAUCAGCGACUUUAUAAAUUUCAAGGAUUAUACUUCAAACCAUAAUGUGCUUUCUGUAGCUAUGAAGCAGGUUUUGGUACAUGAGGUUGAAAAGCAUAAGAUUUUACAAGUUAGUAAUGACAAAACUGGGGCCUUCACAAAUGGAGGGCAUGAAGUUAUUGAAACUGGAACUAACAACAUCCCAUUAGCCAAUACCAAUCAUGCAACUGCAGUUGAUAUGAAAACUAAUGAAAAUCAGGCUAAUGUUUUAUCACAGCAAUUAAAUGCUAAUCCCACAGCUGUUUCACCAAACUUGAAUUCCGAUAAAAGUUCAAUUGCAGCAGACUGUGGGAAACUACUAAACAUGGGAAAUGUGAAAAAACCAUCCAGAACUUCCUCAAGUUUCUUUGACAGGUUUAAAAAAGUAAAUGUUAAGGGUUUACAAAGUAAUGACAGAUCUCUACCAGAAGAAGCUACCUUGGACAAAGAUCGAUACCCUAUACUUUUUAAAUAUAACGAGGGCUUUACUAAUGCAGUAAAAAGGCCUGUUCGUAUGCGUGAAUUUCUAUCCUUAUAAUGUGUUUAACAAGUAAUGUUCAUUCUUUCUUUCACUUGAUUGCCUUAGAAUUAUCGAUUUAUCAUCAAGGACUUCACUUGUUCCCUUUAGAUUAACUUUGUUGUAUGCUUCAGAAUCAAAUAUACAUUCAUUUUUGUUAUUUCUUAAAUUCACUAACAUAAGCAUCGAAAUACUUGCCAGUCAUCACACUUAGACUUGACUUCCAGGAUACACCGAAGGGAUCUCUUAAUGUUUCUCUUGACUUCGACAAAUAUUCCACAUGCUUGGACUGUGUGCAGUGUUAAUAUUUUAAUUGAGAAAAAAAAAAUCUGUAGUUAUGACUCAAGUUUUCCUUUCAAAGUGUACUCCUUACUUUACAUGCGCCGAAUCCACAAAGUAUCCAUACAGUAAUAUAAAGUUCUUAGUUGAGAGAAAAUUGUCUCAUUUUGCAAAUUGCAACGCAACUUCCAUAUGAUAUAGAUAGCAAUUAUUAAGCAGACUAUGAAACAAUUGGUCCUACAUUCGACCAAUAAUUGUAAGUUCCAUAUGCAUUUUUUGUUGAUUGGAUGGAAAAAUGUGUACUUUUCAA